GCGACCAACACUCUCGUUCUCAAAACGAAGUGUGGACAGACAUAUCGCAUACCUUUCAUAGGUACCACAGCGAUACCACGCCCCGAUCCUCCUCCCCCGAAGCCUUCAGUGCCCACACCACCCCCCUCUAUCACUGUCACCUCGCCUCGGCAGUUCGCUCACUUCAUUCGACAGGACGACGUCACCUUCUUUAUGGUGGACGUGACGGAUCUCUUACACUAUGAUCCACCCUGUCCCGACGCCGAGCUCAUCCCUCUGGAGCUAGAUCAUCCCUCUAUCUCCAUGGCUCCCAUCUCUACUUUUGUCCCUCCGCCGUUCGUCGAGUCCACGCCGCCGUCGGGCGCUGACUCUGACGCUGAGGAACUCACACGAUAUACGGCUGACCUGGAGCCCGUAGUUCGUAACCUCAUCCGAGAGUACCACGACGUUUUCCCAUCGUCGUUCUCGUACGCCGGCAUCCCACCGAUGCGUGACGUCGAGCACUCCAUUCAGCUUGUGCCUGACUAUCGUGUUCACCACCAGGCACCCUACAGACUCUCGAUUCCCGAGGCCACCGAACUCAAGCGUCAACUUGAGGAGCUCCUGAGACAGGGUUUCAUUAAACCCAGCAACUCCCCGUGGGGUGCACCCGUCCUCUUUGCUCGCAAAGCGGAUGAAACUCUUUGUCUCUGCAUCGACUAUCGCGAUCUCAACCGCUACACGGUUAAGAACAGCUACCCCAUGCCUCGUUCCGAUGAGCUGUUCGAUCGCCUAGCAGGCAACCGCUUCUUUACAAAGAUUGAUCUUCGAAGCGGUUACCAUCAGAUCCGCGUCACUGCAGCCGACCAGCCGAAGACAGCGUUCCAAUCGCGCUUCGGCCACUACGAGUUUACGGUGAUGCCAUUCGGCCUCACCAAUGCACCCGCCACCUUUCAGAGGGCGAUGAACGACAUCUUCAGGGACAUCCUGGAGCAGUACGUUCUCGUCUACCUCGACGAUAUCCUGGUCUACAGUCGUUCCAUUGAGGAGCACCUCAAACAUCUCCACGACGUCCUUGACCGCUUGCGCAGACAUGGCUUUUAUGCCAAGUUGAGCAAGUGCCGCUUUGCCCGGCAGAAAGUGGAUUUCUUAGGACACUACGUGUCUGACCAGGGUCUCCACAUGGACGACGCGAAGAUCACUGCUAUUGCGGAGACACUAGCCGAGUUCCAUGACCAGGCAGCUGCCGGUCAUAUGGACUUCCACAAGACGUUGGAUCGUGUGAGCCGCCUGUACGUCUGGCCGAAGCGCAAGGACUUUGUGAAGGACUACGUCGCAGAGUGUCCCACCUAUCAGGAGGUGAACAGUGCGAACCACCUGCCUUAUGGUUUGCUCCAGCCUCUUCCUAUCCCUGAGGGUCAUUGGCAGUCCAUCUCGAUGGACUUUAUCGGUCCUCUUCGUCCUCCGACCCCUCGCGGUCAUGAUCUUAUCCUGGUCGUCGUCGACCGCUUCACGAAGCGUGCACGCUUUGUUCCGUGCCGCCAUGUCAUCAAUGCACUUAAGGUGACGUGGACGCAGACCAGCGAGCAUCCUGCGUGGAUCGAAAAUCCGAAGCUGCUGAUCAUCCAAGCUUGGAGGACUAACGUGGAGGGCGAUCUUCUUGGCUUUCUCUUUGGAUCAGAACAGUCGGGGUGGCGCCAGUUGAUUGCGCAGGAGCUCAUCGUGCCGAUCGUGCAAUUGGCGGACGACCUCUCGCCCGACAUCUAUUCGGAAAGCGACGACAACCCUGCUCCGUACAUUCUCGAGCGAUCAUUGGAUCCAUACCUUCAGUGGACCGCGUGCUUAGAGGAGCUGAGAGACGAAGAUACUCUACCAUCCCGACAGGAGUAUCUGAAGUCGUACGACAUCAUCCCUCACGCCUUCUAUCCGAAGGCGGAGGAAGUGGUGGUCAACGAUGACGAAGAAGACAACGACGAGGAAACGUCAGAGGAGGGAAGCUAUAGCGAGUAUAGCGAGGGCGAGCUGAGUGAAGAAGAAAAAGAAGAGGAGGGAGAAGAAGGAACCGAGUCUGAGUGGGAAGCUUUGCCAGAGGAAGCGGCGCGCACGGGCAUGGAGGCGGAAGAUCCGGAAGCAACGCGAAAGCGCGAAGAAAUUGCCAUCAGGAAACGCCAACUGGAGUUCGCCAGCAGAGCCAGCCUGCGCAUCAGUAACGAUCCGACCAGAGAUCCGGAGCCGCCAAAUCCCGAAGUUGGCGACCUUGCAGCCACCACCUCAAGCACCGCACGACUGAGACGGAGUCGAUCGCCCUCCUCCUCCAGCCCCACCCGUCCCCUAGUUCGCCCACGUACCGAUGCGGGCGAUAGGCCUUCGUCAUCGGACGCUAUCCCGCCGACCCCUUGAUUUUCUCACCCUCGAAUAAAUCUGCACCCCCGUC